AUGAAGACUGCCAAAGCAGAAGUGGAUAGUCAACGACAGGCCAGCGUGGCUCUUGCGAACCAGGAGUAUCUUGGCCAUGCGCCCGAAGACCCCUCCAUAAUUCAUGCAAGUCUGGUCAUCCCGGGAAACGACAUGCUGCCACAGGGCCUAGAAGACCCGGAUGCGCUCAACGACAUCCGCCUCAGGUACAAAGUGUGGAUUACCCGCUCACAGCCCAACAUAUUCGACAUUCGCGGUCGUGAUAUGCGUCAGCUGCAAGAGGCCGUGAAAGAAUUGAACUGGGCCCUCCACGACAUGAGGCUGUCCAGUGAGGCUCUGACGAUACGCUUCUUGGCACAGAAGCCUAGCAGGGACCAAGACAGCGCCAUUGUCAACGUCGAAUUGAAUUGUCGUCCGAUAGUGAAGGCUCUCAGCAAUACACCUCGCUCCGUCCUAACAACCGCGCUGGACCUUGUCGACCGGCUGCGCACCAGCCUCUUGCCGUCGGCAGACAUCCUCAGACUUUUGACAACGGACCUCCGAAUGCGAGUCAACUUUGGACACCUACAAGUGCGGACCAGAAAGAAGGGGCUUGGCAGAGACAUGUCGUAUGCCAACUUUGCCGAGAUGAUUCCGCAAUACUCGAACCGCGGCGGCGCCAGCCUACACACUCGCAUGCCGGCUGUUGCGCACGCAGCAAAGGUUUUGCAUAAGAUACUCGACCCGAUUGUCGGACUGCAUUACCCAAAAGAACACGCAGUCUCCGGGCGCUGCACUGUUGCGCUUGGACUUGGCGAUCACGAGCUGGUGGCAGACGCCAAGCUGCCGACCAAAGACAAGGAACAGCUUUCGAUUCCUACCCUCGCCAAGCCUGAGGCCUGGCCGCGUCUCAACUGGACAGUGGCAGCGCCUGACAUGCCCCUAGACUGGAACUUCCAGGUCGAUUCGCUAGGGUACCAGGCCGUCGUUCCAGACGAUCUCCUGAAGCUGAUGCAGAGCAUCGUACUGAUACCUAAUAAGGCUGAUAAGGGCGACGGACACUCCCUUUGUCCACCACGGCUCUUGAAUGGCCAGUCGGCAGGUGGUCAGAUCGACAGGACCACCCUCAAAACCUCCAUCAUAGUGCCUUUCAGGAACACUCCAUUCGUCAUCGAGGUCAGCAUAACGCAGCAGUGGCAAGGAAUGAAGACGGUCUCCGAAGCGGACACAUGGUGGGGGCUCGAGUUCUACUGCCGAGGAUGGGAUGAGGCCAUCAACAAUGUCAGCCCAGGUGAAAGGCGGAAGGAUUGGGGCCCGAAGCUGGAGAGAAUCUGGCCGGGAAUUGACCAGAGUCUGGAGGAGCGCUUCACGGCGUUUCUCGAGUACAUUGUGGAGAUUCAGGCGGCAUUGGACGAUGUCGACUUCAAGUCACGCGCGGGUUUCCGCGCCCAAAAUGCGUCAAAAUAA